GGGAUUCUAUUUGCUUUCGCAUAAUUUAAAAUAUAAAUACUUUACUUUUACUCUAUAAAAACUGAAUAUUAUUUUGAUGACAAUCAAAGAAAAAAUUAUUAGUAAACUUGUUUGCAGAUAAAUCAAUCAAUUUUUCUGGCUUUAUCAAAUUCCUAUUCCAUAAAAAUAUAAAAGCAGUAUUUAUUUGAUUAUGUAAUUACAUAUUCAACCCGGGAGGUCCAUGGAUGUUUUUCAGGAGCUGGUCUAAGCUAGAGCAGAAAGGAUCACCAUUAUAACAGAAACCUCGAAUCCAUUAGUAAUGGCGGAACCGUACAACAUGUACGAUGCUCUUCAAGACAGAGGGUCUGUUUCAAGGCUUUCUUUUCCAGGUUAUGUAUCAACUGAAGCACCACCAUUGGCAUCUCAUAGUUUUCCGGUUUCUACUGAAUUUCCGGGUGCUUCUUCGGAUUUUCUACAAAGAGAUAUAAAUCCAUUGCAGCUGGGAUCAUAUGGUUUGAAUGGUUAUUCUGGUGUUGGGUUUCGUCCUGAACCUGUUAUUGGUGGAGUAAUGCCAGGAGCUAGUGGGAAGGGGUAUUCCUCUCCUCUAGAAGAUCCGAGUUUAUUAGCCCAAAGAGGGGAUGCUUCAAUGCAUGCUAUUGGUGGAGCAAUUCCAGGAUCUACCGGAAAGGGGUACCCAUCUCCACUAGAAGAUCCAAGUUUAUUAAGCCAAAGAGGGGAUGCUUCAGUCCGUGUUACUGCAGCGAUUCCUGACAUGAUAAAUGACAGGCCUGGUUCAUUGAGAAGUGCAGAUGGUCCUCCAGUGCCAAAAGGGGAAUCAAACAUUCUUUUUGUUGAUGGACUCCCUACUGAUUGUACCAGAAGAGAAGUUGGCCAUCUCUUUCGUCCAUUUAUCGGCUACAAGGAAAUCAGAGUUGUUCACAAGGAGGCCAGGAAAAGUGGAGAUAGGGCUACUGUCUUGUGCUUUGUGGAAUUCACUGAUGCAAAUUGUGCUGCGACUGCCAUGGAAGCUCUUCAAGGUUACAAGUUUGAUGAUAAGAAACCUGACUCUCCAACCUUGAAAAUCCAAUUUGCUCGCUUUCCUUUCCGACCUCCAUCUGAUCGUGAUGGGAAACGGAUUGGGACCCACGCUAGCUGUUAGCUCAUGGCUGGAAUGAAGUUAAACUAUUGCCUUGGAUUUGUUAGGGUUCAGAGAGACACGUCUCUGCAUUCUGGAUUACAUGGGUGAACCGCUAGCACUGCCAAUUCACUUCUAUAGAUCAGAGGAGUCUAGGAAAUGGCUUGUUUCUCACAUUGGCGCUGUGGGUCGUUUACAUGUUAUUAAUGUUUGAAGCCCCACCCUUGUGAUGUUAUGGAAAUUUUAUUGUGUAUUUUUGCGCAACGAGUUUCUUGACCGAUACAAUUAUUUGACGUAAAAGUCAUAUUCAAGUAUAAUACUAUAAUCUGAUGUUCUAAUUAUAAA